AUGACCUCUUUUACAGAAAAAGCACACAAAGCUUGUGAAUGGCCUGAAGUUGUCGUACGCGACUCCAUCGUUUCCCCCGAGUUAGGCAUACAGGCCGAUCCUAUAGUGAUUAGAGUUGAUCUUGCUCCAUUGGGCUCGGCUUCUAAUCCCAUCGUGAUCCACGUUGACGAGGAGAUCAUGGCUACACCGGAAUUCUGGGAGACUUUGAUUGAUGACAACUUCACUGUCCCAGCAGGCGAGGAUGAAGUUAUUAGUUCGUCCUCUGCCCGUGCGCCAAGCAGAUCGCCAGUCUUUGAGGAUCUAGAAGACCUUCAUUCCUUCGGGCAAUCAUCCACGAACCGUUUUCACUUGGAUGACAAAGCACUAAAAAUGACGGUGAGUUCUUUCGACGUGUUGCAGAAUUGCACUGGUCGUGAGGCCCCAACGCGUGAGAGCGUUGCAAAUGGCCCAGCAGAAAGCGAGCAAAGUACGGGGAGAGGCAAGGUUUCUCAGGCCGAGGAACCUAGUGAUGUUUCUAGUGUGUUUGAACCUUCUUCAGUCUAA